UAAAAUUGCGGUCUUCCGGCGCUCCGAAGUUUACACGUACAGACUCGCGCAACUGCAUCGUAUAUAGAGUAGUGGUGGCGGCAGCUACUACUAACAGGCACCACCACAACAAGUGUCGUGCACCGACUAACAGACUCACACAUGCAUUGUGCUGCAACUGUCGCCGUCUACUACACACGAUAGCUAUAGCACCAAGCUCUUCUCUCUUUCAUCAGCACUCGGCUCAGCAUCAGCAAUCAGUAGCACCACCGCCGCCGUAGAGGAGAGCAAGAGGAACGGACAAUUCCUCAGACGGUGAAUGGGUCAUGGCAAGUGAUGGCGUAUGUUAAUGUCGCCGAGUGGAAGACCAAUCAAGUGUGCGAAUGGCUCAAAGGAUUAGAAAACUCUGUCCUACCCUAUGUUCAUAGUUUUAUGAACCAUAAUGUCAAUGGACAACAGUUAUUGAACCUCAGACCAGAAGAUUUGGAGCAUCUUGGGGUAUUUAAAUUAGGUCAUCAAGAGAUCAUACUUGAGGCUGUAGAAUAUUUGAGAAAUUUUCACUAUGAGUUGGACAGAGAAAAUUUGCAACUUCUGGCUAUGCGCCUUUCCUGUCAGGCACAUAGUCUAUUCAACGAGCUAUCAAGACAGACAGACUCAAAGCCUGUCACUACACAAACUCUAUCCGACGUAGUAGCUAUUAUAAUGGCUGUCAAACCACUAGUGAGAUGGUUGGACAGACCUCCGUUUAGUGGUCAAUUAGAUUAUAAUGAUAAAAAGGCUGAACUACUGAAGUUAUCCCUAGAAAUGGCUACAUGUGCACAACGAGACAGAUUUGCAGAAAAACCAAUUGAGGAAAUCAGAACUACCUGUGGACAAAUGGCUAAACUUGCCGAUUACAUCAUACAGGAUGUCGCAGAUCCAAUGAUUUUACAACCUUCUUGUUUGGAUUUAGCAACUUUAAAAAAAAGACCUGGCGAUGAUUUAGGUUUCUGCAUACUUCCGUCUUUUCAUGGCGCUCAUCAAAUCGCGGAAAUUAAAUUUGGUUCGGCUGCUCACCAAUGUGGAAAAAUGGAAGAGGGUGAUGAAAUAGUACAGGUUAAUUAUCAAACUAUAGUCGGCUGGGAACGCAAGAACGUACUGGAAUUGUUCCGCGAAAGCCCAGCGGAAAUUUUACUAACUUUAAAGCGUCGACCCCGGCACACGAAAGUUUACGGUCAAAUUUAUAUAAAACCUUAUAGAUUGCCGAGUAAUAAGAAAACGCCAUACACGUCGAGAUGGCAUCAUAAUUUACCAUCUCCCAGACCCGAAUUGUUGACAAUACCGGACUUUACAAUGCCACAACCACGGCACGCUCCUGAGGUUUCCACACCCGAGUCGGCCUCGAUUCUCGAUACAGUCUCGAUGCUUGACACAAUGACAACGGACGAUAGCAGUGAUUCAGACAGCGAAAUCGAGCCCCCAUCCUCAGUACGACUGUAUUCAUCGAAGCCGCGCAACUUAGUUCAGAGACGCGCCACCAUCACCGGUGCUUCACCCACGGUCAAGCACAGCAUUGACAUUGAGCAAUUCUGGCGACAACUCAAGAAGGAGCACAGCACGACCUUCCAGCUACGAGACAAGGCCGCUUCAUGCGCUCACGGUCUCGACAGCGUCCAGACCACCCCGUCUAGGCCACAAACCUGCCUGGGCAUAGAGCAGCGAGCCAAAAAAUCAUCAACGACCAAGCAGUUUGAAGCUGGUAGGAAGGUGCAGUUCCAAGACGAACGUCACGCACACAAUACCAAACUGGAUCAAAUUACGCUUAAUAGUGAUAGUUGUGGGAAGCAGCUGCAAAGAGGUGUCGAUUCUGGAAACAAUAAUUCUCAGUCGCAAACGAUAAACAAAGCGACCAUUAACUCAGAAAGCAAUAAUAAAAGCAGUGAUAGUAGCGUGCCUUCGGAGGAAACGCAUAGACAACAAGGCUGGAGCUCGAGUCCAGUGCGAGACAAUAAUGAGCCACCGACCGUUCCGGCCCGAAGCUCGGUGAACAAAGAACGUGGUAGGCUUGACAAAAGUCAUAGUACGCCGGCGUACGACCUCACUGAGUCGGACGACGAUUUCCUCGAGAAGAAAUUCGAAGCGGCACUCGACGAGCAUCACAAGGAGCAACAGAAGUCGAGGGCCGCCGCCGCUAUCAAUGGUAGCAAUAGUAGAUUCUAUAAGACUGAUUCGCACUUCUUCGAUUCUACGGAGGAUUUGGAGGUAAUUGAAAAAACGUUUGUAGAAAAACCUUCAAGCAAUGAUCGUGAGAGAACGAGACUCGUUGGUAAUGUGGCCAAACGAAUAAACGAUAUUGAAAAACACAUUCACAACAAAAGCAACGAAAAUAUAUCGAAACAUCAUCUGGUAGCAUCGGCGGUAAAGGCGAACGUUUACAUUAAAAUUAAUGAUAUCGAUAUAAACGAUAAUUUGGACGAGUUGGAGGUAGAUUCUGGUAACAUAACUACAGAUACCGACACCGACGAGGAGAAUAAUUUUUGUAACAAAGAGAUUGAAUCUUCGUCAGGAGUAUUAGUUUCUAAUGAAAGUGCAAAUAGUAGUGUUGAGUCAAGUAGUAGAGAAAGUAGCGAAGACAAAUCAGAGUCGACAUCAAGCUACAUUGAAGGAGUUGGUACACCGAGUUGUAGCAGUGACGAAAUCACUCAAAGAAAUAUAAGAAAUAAUGUCAACAAUAAUCUUAAUGAAGCAGAUAAAUGUAAUGGAAACGAAGAUAUUGAUAGCAACAAAGAUGCGUUAACGGAAGAAGACAAUAGAUCCCAAGAAAAACUAGAUAGCAAUAAUUGCAAUGACCAACUGAUAAGAGCUUUGUCACCAAACAUUCAAAUCCAUAAGAACGCUUUUGUUGAAAAUAUUAGCACGAAAUAUCCGACAUCGUCGAUUCUCUCACCUUCCGUGCAUCCUGAAACUCCGAAAAAGGAAAUCAUUUUAAAACCAGAAGUGAAACCAAGACUGACACCGCCCGAGCCACCUCCGAGAAAAUAUUUUACUAAACCAGCUCCACUAAAUUUUUCUUUGCCUCCACAAUCAAUAGAUAAUAAUCCUCAAGAUCAUUUUCAUCAUCAGAUUCCACAUUUACACGAAAAACCCAAGGUCCCUGAUAGGCCAAGUGUAAGGAGAGACUUAAAAAAAACUGAUGUACCACCGGAAGUUUACCCAAGAGAAGAAAGGACACUUCCGAAAGAACACCGUCGAAAGAGUGAUCGUUUUGAAACAUAUUCUGACUUUGUUGAACGCUCGACAGAUUUUAUCGACGAGCCAAGUACGCCACAACACUCGAUUAAAUCUAAAAACUCGCUUGUUGAUCAAUACGGCUACACUCAGAUCCCUGAGCCUAAUCCAAGAGAAGAUACUUUUACGCCAAGUCAGCCUUUGAAUAAUGUCGUUAUAUUCGAACAAGCGCAGCAAAAGCACGAGCGCUCUUUAAGUAUAGAUUCCGCAGACGGCUCUUGCUAUUCGCGCCAAACUCAACUUAGUAACACUACUACCCCCGAGCAUAAGCCAAGAACUCUUGAAAGUAAAUCACACGAAAAGGGAAUGGUUAAUAGAGCAAUGAUGGUUGCCAGGAGCAUGGGACUCCAUGGAAAUAUAGCUAAGGCUAGCAGCAGUCCAAGGAGCCCUAGAAAGCAAAAUAUCAAUUUAGCUAAACGUCGACAUGUUGGAGUUAAAGACGUUGCUCCUGGAGAAUUAGAAGGAUGGUUAACGUACAGGAGUCGAGGUGCAGGUGGAGCAUGGGCUAGAGCGUGGUUUAUUCUCAAAGGUGCAUCACUUUACAGGUUCAAAGUACAAGAUAGUACAAAAGCUGAUUGUCUUAUUGCUUUAUCGGGAUUCACAGCAUCGCCAGCGCCAGAAGUAAAAUCGCGUAAAUUUGCUUUCAAAGUAUACUAUACAGGAACUGUAUUUUAUUUUGCUGCUGACACGGAGGAUACUCUGGCUCUGUGGUUGGACGGUAUAAACAAAGCUACUCUCGGAGCUGAUCGUACAAGUGGUUUGUUUAGUGAAACAGACGAGAGCGACGGAGAAAAUAAGAGCAAAACUAAAAGUUCGACGUCAGAAUCAAAGCUACUAGCCGAAAAAACAUUCGGUUCACUCAAGAAAUUUGGUAAAAAAGAUCAAGAUAUGGGUGGCGCUAGUUUAGAUAGAAAGUAUUUGAAAUUUUUAGGUGCUAGGACUCAAAAUGUACCUGUUCCUACUGCACAAUUUAGAAGUUAUAGAAGAGUUUUACCUACAUCUACGCCAAAUAGGAAAUCUGAAAAAAUGAGCUCACCUGAUCUUCAAGUAACCAUUGCUGGAAGUACAUUUUAUGGUUUGAAUACCUCUCACAGUGCUACUGACGUACUUACUUCAUCACAAGAUAUGGGCGAUUACCGCCGUACUACAGAUAGAUUUCGAGGAAACCGACACCAACGACCUGAUGAACUCCAGGGUUUUAUAACUUUAGAAGAAUUUAUGCUUUCUCGUCAAGAGGAAGAAUGCCAACGAACUGCCAAUAAUAAUGCUAACAACUCAACGCGCUUCACUCCUCUACAUAAUGAUCAUGUACAUUUUCAACAUCGAAAUAUUGCUGAGAGUUCAAUUAACCAUGUCAUUCAAAACAAUGGCAUGAUUUACGGUUCUCCACGAAAUGGUGACGAUGAUUUACCACCCGCACCACCACCACCUAAUCCAACUCGUGGCGAAUUAUAUGCAUCAAAUCAUUCGUUCGAUAGUGAAGCAAGCAGUAGCAGUAGCAGAAAUGAAACAGCAAAGCCGAAAACUCAUAAAAAACCUUGGGAACCGAGCUGUUUACAAAAAAAAAAAACAUCUGAUAAUGAUAACCCCGACGUUCAGCAACCCUAUGGGCAAACAACACCAAGUGUAGACUUAACCUACAAUGUGGAGAUAGGUAAUGAUCUUCAUACUGGUUUCUCAACUCUGGAUUACGGAGAAAGAUUAAAACCUCAACCGUGGACUAGACAUACGGAAAGCAAUGCUAAUGCAGAAUUUCAGCAUGCCACUAGAAGAAUCCUUAGAAACGAAGGUCAUUCUGGUUCCAGUAGCGAUCUCGCUCACCAACCGUCUUCGGAAACAUUGCAACGCGCGAAAAAAGAAACAAAUAUAGCACGCAAUGGUAGCUUUAACAUUGCUGAUCACCGUCGACGAGAUCAUGUUCAUCCAGAACGAAAUUGGAUUGAUUCUUUACGCUCAGCAGAUAAAAGAAGCUUCACUGUUGAUAAAGGUCGGUUGAAGAAUAUUGCACAGUGCCAACCAAUGUCCUCGAGUUUUGACGUAGAUGAUACGAAAGCAGCUUAUGAAAUGCAUCUUGAUAAAGGAAACGAUCAGCAAAAGAAAAUAAGCACAAAAGGACUGAAGAACUUUUUUGGAACGAGAAGUCCGCAAAAGUCAGGUUGUUUAGAUAACCCCAGAGAGCAACAAAAAACACUAUUAGGUUCUCCUCGAUUACAUAGAGCUAUCUUCGGAGAUAAAUCGUUUCAUCAACGACAAAACAGUCGUUCUGGGAGUCAAAGUCCAGCAGAGAAUAACCAAGCAGCGAGUUCGUACAGCGGAACGAGUCAAUUUUCAACUUUCAAUCAGAGCUUCAGUUCUAUUAAUUCUGCUAGUGACUGGAACACAGAUGUGCCAACUUCCCACGUUCCAAAAUGUAUGGUUGGUGGGAUCGCGCAAUGCCAAAAAAGGCCACGACAUCUACUGGCACCACCAACAUUGCCUUACAUACCACCGCCGACAUCUCCGCCACCCGACUACCCAGGUCUUGAGUAUCCUCCAGUCUUUGAGCCGGGAACUUAUUCACUCUCUAAUGCUUCACUUCUUCGACAUAGAGGUUCUAAAAAUAGCAGCCAGAACAUGGGCGAGUAAAUCUUUUUCGCGAGCACUCUUUUGCAUACGUACGUGAUGGUUCACACGUUCCUAUCAUUAAAAUAUUUUUGUCUUUUGCAAAUAAUGCAAAAUAAAUUUAAGUAAUAUGUAGAAAAUUAUCGGCAAAUAAGUUUAACAUGUCAACGCUUUACAAAAAAGAGUAUAAUAUUAUUUUCAAGAUGAAGUUUUACUAACUAAGUAUAGCUUGUAAUUUAUUUUCGUGCCUUACAUAAUUGGUGAAUUUUGUAAAGAAUUGCCAAUACGCCUUAGAUCUUACCAUUGCUAAAAAUAAGUAGGUCAUGGAAUGAAAGCUGUAAUUUAUCAUUUUUGUAAUUGUUGCACAAUUGAGAAUAGCCGUCCAUAAUGUGCCUAUACAAUAAUUAAUAACUAGAGAGCACGAUGUAUAUCUUAUUUGUAAUUGUGUCGGCUAACGAUUAAGUUAAUGCUUUGUAAAUAUUAGUUCCUCAUGGUUACGUUGUUUAUAUAAAUUUUUAUUGUUCUGAAAAUGUACUAAUACGUGGUACAAGUGCGCUAAGAGAAGAUUGCAUGUUAUAUUGCGCAAUUUUUAUAUAUUGUAAUUUUUAACACGCUUCUCUCACGAAUACAAAUCCUGUUAGAAAAGCUUAACUGGUUUUAAAGCACUCUUGACUGAUAAAUGAUAUCUUCCACUAUAUAUCGAUAUAAAAAUUAUGAAUUUAUAAAGUUGUUACAUUUCAAAUAGCACAACAUUUUAUUUGUAUUACUAUGAAGCUUUUUAGAAAAUGGAAUACUUCUUACAAAUAUUGGAUAAUGCAAGUCAAUGGAUGUAGUAUUAUUAAUUUUAGAAUUAAAGAAGUAUUUUUAAUACAUCGUAUGGAAAGUACGAUUUUGAUUUGCAUUCGACGAAAAAUGUGCAUUUAAAUUCGCUCUUUCCAUACGUUGUUUUGAAAAUUACAUACCCAACAUGUUCGGAAAAGAUACUAUUACCUCGUGUGACUUUUCAUCUUAGCUUCUCUCAAGCGUAAAUCUCACACGAGAGAAUGAUCUACUUUCUGCUACUAGUUAGGUAAUAUACUAUUUCGUAACGGAAAAUUCAUAUUUAAAACGAUAAAAAAAUCACGAUUGUAUUUAUAAUUAAUUCCAAUUAGUCUUCCUGAAGCAAGACAAAUUGCUGAAACUUUACAAUGUGCGUUAGUCAAAGAUCGAAUAUUGUAUAAAUUAAUUAAAUUUUAGAAAGAAUUUUAUUUUUAAGGAAGUUUGGCCAACAUACGAUCACGCAUACUCAAAUUACGUAUUUUAUGUAGAACGUUGGAUUUUUAAGAUUGGUUAGUAAUAAAAGGUUUUCAUAUUUAUAAAUAUUAAACAAUUUUUUUUCCAAUAAAGCAAUCACUUAA